AAAUGCUUGACACAAGCGGUGAACUUUUCUACUGUCCUGGUCUAAACUGAUCAAUAUUCCUAUCAUACGACGCAUCUUUUUGCUUGUUGUCGCCCUUUCUUUCGAAGCAUUGAUUUCACACUAUUAGCCACAUAACGAAGUUUCCCCAAAGGCUGGAUGCCUGUCCUUCCCGUCCCGCCCAGUGUGAAGUGACACUAUGGAUGAGGAAACUCUGGAGGGCGCCAUCUCUACGUACGAAGCCCAGCUGCAGCAGGUGGAUGCCACUCUGGCUGCUGACCUGGACCCCUCCCAGCAGUGUGACCUGCUCAAACUGAGAGAGGACCUGUGUCAGCUGAUAGAACUCACCAAAGCCAGCCUGCUGUCUUUCAGAAAGAGUUUGCUUCUGGCCUCCCUGGAGGACACCAGUGGCGCGCAGGCCAACGCGCCGGAGCCUGCGGCCGACACAAAAGGCGAUUUCAAUUCCGAGUUUGCUGCUUUCUACACGGAGCUCGGGGAGUUUUCGGGGACUAGCUCUGAUACGAGGGAACAAAACCAGGAGACUGGCGGCGGUGCAGAAGAGGAGUGUGAAGAAGAGGAGGGGGAGGAGGAAGACACUUUGAGCGGCACUAAAGUAAGAGCUCCUUACAGGACGUCGUGGGGGACCCUGGAGUACCACAAUGCCAUGGUGGUCGGGGCAGAGGCACCAGAUGGAGAAGAGGCGCAAGUUAGAGUUUUGUACAUUUAUCCCACUCAGAAGUCCAUGAAACCGUGUCCAUUCUAUCUCGAAGACAAGUGUCGCUUCCAGGAGAACUGCAGGUUUUCCCACGGGGAAGUGGUGUACGUGUCGGAGCUCAGAGACUUCCUGGACUGCGACCUCAGUAACCUCGAGGAAGGCUCGUCCUGCUUGACUCGGCACGAGGAUGGCAUCUGGUACCCGGCCAGAAUCACAGAUAUCGACGACGGCUUCUACACGGUUAAGUUUGACUCCCUGCUGCUAAAAGACGCUGUGGUUGAAGCCGACCACCUCAUCCCACCGCUAAGAGAAGAAGACCCGCUCUCCUCUGACUCGGACCCCGACGAUGCUGCAGAUGAUGCGGCUUACGCUAAAGUUCUGGAGUCUGCUGGCGAAUCGACAGCAAGCAACACUGCCAUUUUUGGAGGUUGGGAGGUUCACACGAGAGGCAUCGGAUCCAAGCUAAUGCUCAAGAUGGGCUAUGAAUAUGGCAAAGGUUUAGGAAAAACGCAGGAGGGCCGAGUGGAGCCCGUCAUGGCAGUGCUCGUACCCAAAGGCAAAUCACUGGACCAGUGCGCCGAGUUAACUCUGAGACGCACUCAGAGCAAGGCAAAUGACGGUGGAAAAACAGGUCGGCCAAAGCGUCGGCGGAAGCCGAGGGAGGCCAACGGAGAGCGCAGGACCGUCUUUGACUUUCUGAACUUCAAGCUCGGCGCCAAGGAGCGCGGUGCUGCCGAGGAAGGGGCGGCGACGGCGGCUGGUUCGGCCGCACUCACUGGGGUGGAGGCCUACAAGGGGGGCAAGAGCACCAAAAGGAGUCUAAAUGUGAAACUGUUCCAAGCUGCUGAGAGGGCGUCGCAGACUGAGAGGGAGAUCCAGAACCUGACCCAGUCGCUCAGCAGGCAAACGGGCAGGCUAUUGUCCUCAGUUGGAAAAGGGGGGCGUGCCCUCUCCAGGUCAGGGAGGAGAUCUUGCCCCAAGUGACGGAGUUCAAGUAUCUCGGGGUCUUGGCUGGGAAGUGGCAAGUCUGGGCUUCCCUGCUUCAGCUCAUGCCCCCGCGACCCGACCUCGGACGGAUAGAUGGAUGAUGGAAAGUAACAAGUAAUUAAUCAAUUUGCAUUAACACCAUCUGGUGGCAUCUUGGUGCCAAGGAUGUACUGUAUGUUGAAGUGAGUGGAGGAGUUUUCAUUUAGUCUGGCCAUAGCCUUGUCUAAUAGAAAUAAGUGCUUUGUCACCAUCUUGUGGCAUCUGUAGGCCUUUUUCUGUGGGCGUCAAUUAUUUGUGGCAAGGCUCACUCUCUAUCCCAGGUGAAUAGCAUGAGUUCACUGCACUAGAAAUAUUAGAAUAAUAUAUAUUUUUUUUACGUGUUUCAAUUAAACAUUACAUUCUUUAUAACAAGUACAAGUAUUUGUGGCUGAAAACACGAUGAACCGACAACUGACUUAUUCAACUUAUUAUGUUCAUCCCUAAUUUCAAUGCAAUGCAUCCCACUUGUUGUUUUGAAGCGCUGAUUCAUUUGAAUUCAGGGCUGUGGUAAACGUGUAAAUGAGAUGCAGCGAUUCAAGGUGAGACAUCGCGUCUGCGGCCAACUCGUUGGGGAGAGUGCAGCCCGAAAAGUAGCGUGUCUGUCCUCGCCUCCUAAUCUGUUUGUUGUCUGUGUCAUUUAAAAAAAAAAAAAAAAAAAAAAA